AGCGUCUGAGCGGACACGUACACACGGCAGAGAGUAGCUCACUGUGUCAAAUCGAAACUUGUGGAUUCAACAGCAGUUGCAGUAGUUACAACUUGAGGAGGAGGCAUAGCUUGUGGAAAGAAGGGUCGACAAAGAGCUUGAAGUGCAAAAUCAAGAAGGCAAAGGAAGCAAGGAAAGAAAGGGAAAAUAAAUAGGGAGGAACCAAGAGGACAGGAAGGACAAAUUAAAGAGCUGUUGAUCCUUGUCCUAGUAUACGAUGGUGUCUCUUGGACUCGAACUGGUCGGCGUCAGUCUGUCAGUGCUCGGCUGGGUGCUAAGUGUGACCAGUUGUGCCUUGCCAAUGUGGAGGGUCUCUGCCUUCAUUGGCUCCAACAUUGUCACAGCUCAGGUCUACUGGGAGGGUCUGUGGAUGAGCUGCGUGUUCCAGAGCACGGGGCAGAUGCAGUGUAAGGUCUACGACUCCAUGCUGGCUCUACCUCAGGACCUGCAGGCCGCCAGGGCGCUCACCAUCGUCUCCAUCAUCGUGGGUGUGGUGGCUCUCCUCAUCUCUGUGGUGGGAGCAAAGUGCACCAACUGCAUCGAGGAUGAAGGGGUUAAAGCCCGGGUCAUGGCCGCCUCAGGUGGCUCGUUCAUCACAGCAGCUCUGACCCAGCUGGUGCCUGUUUCCUGGUCAGCACACACCAUCAUAAUUGAGUUCUACAGUCCACUCAUCCCCUCUGGUCAGAAGAUGGAGAUCGGGGCGGCACUGUAUCUGGGUUGGGCCGCUGCGGCCUUGCUGCUGAUUGGAGGGUCCAUCCUCUGUUGCAGUUGCCCUCCCCAGGAAGAGAAACAAAUAAGGUACAGCGUGCACCCCCAGAGUCGUAUAGCAUACUCUCCCACACCGAGGUCAAAUGCUCCAAGCUCCUACAACAGGAAAGACUACGUGUGA